CUCAGUGCCUGUACUGAAGUAACUAUCAGUAAUGAUCAGUGGGUGGAACCGUGGUGUUGAACUCCACCCACAAACCCAUCUGAGCCAAUCAGGAGCCACGCUCAGCUGUCAAUCAUGACAUUUCACCUCGUUUUCAAAGCAUCAAAUGAAAAAAUAACACCAAACUUCUUCUUCUUAAUGGCUAUCAGCAACUUUUAAGGCCGACUGUUUUCUGAUGUUAGUCGUGAGCUGAUGUUGUGAAUCAAUCAUCACACUUUAAAUGUCAAUAUGACAGCUUUGACCAGCGCUUGAAAGAUGAAUAUUAAUUUCAACAGGAAGAUGAGAGCUGUGAAUCUUCUGUUUCCUGUCUGUCAGGAAGACAAAGUGUUGGAGCGUCGUUCCGGUUCUCUGAGGCACAUCACAGAUCCAGUUUAGUCUGAACCAGGGAUUGGAAGUUUCAUCACAAGUGCAUCACAACUUUGUGCCUGUUUGGUUUGUUUGCCCCUCAGACCACCUGAGUCCACCACUGCUGACUCUAAUUAUAACUGAUGGUCAGAACCUCGCUGAGCGUCCAGACUGAACUGACUUUAACUGUCAGGAUGGAGAGCAUCAAGCCUCCACAGUAUGAAGGAAAUGCAGUGUGGACAGAUGCUGCACCUACUUCCUGUGGUCAGCGUGAUGUCACUUCCUCAUUGUGACCUUCAGUCUGUUUUAGAUCUAACUUUAACAAAGUUAAAACUUGAGCUUUUGAGCGUUUUUCGUUACAGUCACUGCAAUUCAUUCACAGCCUCGUCCGUCCUGUCAUCACUCACAUCACCCACCGUGGCCGUGAACUCACCACUGAACAGAUACUUUGCGUUGCUCUACGUUUUUGCAAACGGGAGAGGUUUAUACAACACUGGAGAUGCAGAGCACAUAAGUAAAGCACCUGUUUGCAGAGCUGUCAGAAAGAUCAUUUGUGAUGCAGCUCACAUCAUCACAAAUGUGGAAGCCAAGUGGCCUGGGUCUGAGCAGGACUCCUGCAUAUAUCGAGGGUCUACUCUGAGCAACAGACUGGACUGUGGAGAGAUUGAAGGCUUCCUUCUGGGUGACAGGAGUUACCCCUGCCAACCCACACUCAUAACCCCUUACCCAGACCCUCAACCAGGCCCCCAGCAGCACUUCAAUGUGGCACACUGCUGGACCAGAGCCAGGCUAGAGAUGACUGUAGGCCUGCUGAAAGCCUGUUCCCAGUGCUUACAUCAUCUCAGUAACUCCUGAGGGAGCCUGUGACAUAAUUGUGGCUUGUGUUGUUCUCCAUAAUAUUGCAACUAUUAGAGGAGAGCAACACCCUGCCCUACAAACAGAAGACCACGAGGAGGACCCCAUCCACCUCCCAGAAGCCAGGAUGGUUUUGUAUAGAGCUGCCACAAGAAGUGAAUUUCCCCACUGCGGGAUCAAUAAAGUUCAUCUUAUCUUAU